AUGUCACCAGAAUAUAGAGAGGCUCUAUGGGCGGUAGCGAUGAUGGAAGAGGAAGAGGAGGGAGACGAUGCAGAGGGUGGCAGUGCUAGUUGCACUAAGACAGGUUAUGAGGAGUGCGACUGGGUCCCACGUGCUGGCAGCUUCGGCGGUGCUCUCCUCUCCAACGUCUUGGCCACAGAUCAUAUCAACUCCCUUCUGCAGAGCCUCUACUACAUCCCUGCAGUCCGCAAGGCUAUCUACAGUAUCGACACCAAGCCUAGCAGCGGACCAGACCUAGACGCGACCUUUAGGAAUGGAAUACCGGAUCUGGGAAGUGAGGACUCUGAGGCGGCGGCUUGCAUUGAGGAAAGGGUAGAAUCACUACACUCUAUUGAAGGGGACCUAGAGGGAGUAUGCGGGGACUUGAGAAUGAUCAUGGAGUUGGUGACAGGGAAAUCGGAGUAUGCUCGGGUUGCCGAGAGGGAGCUGUUGUCGUCGCAAAGGCGUCCGGCAACACCGGUCGCUGGAGGGCGCGGGAGCUCGGGGGCCAGUGAUAGAGGUGCGAGGGCGGCUAGGAAGUUUGAGGAGAUGGAGAGACACUUAUUGGGAAGAUUCAGGAAGUCCCGCGUUGUGAUCGAACAGCUGAUGGAGAUCGUUGACGAGCUGCUGUCCUGUGAGAAGAGAAGGAUUUCCCACCCGAGAUUUGGGGAGCUCCAGAAGCAUCAACUUAUGCUAAGAAGUGUUAUGCGGAAGCUGAAUAAGUGUGUCGACUAUAUGCUGCACCAACAGCAGCUACUUCGGGAGGAAAUCGUGGAGUACUUGAAGAAGAGGAAGGGAGGGCCUGAUGAUAAUGGGGACCAGGGGGAUGAUGGAAUGGGUGACCCUAAGGAGUCGCCUCCGCCGCAGCCGUGCCUGAUUCGGGAACUACAGUUGUUGUUCGCUCGUAUGGAGAUGCAACAGGACGAGAGUGGCAUCUGUCGUAUAUGCAACGGAUCCAACGGGCCUAGGGUGAUCGACACUUCGGGGGUUAUUCGGGCCUUGGGCCUCGAUGGGCCCAACUGCACUGUGUCACCUGAGAGGAUCUACUCUAGCUUUUUUGAUAAGCUCCAGAAGCACGCUAGUUUGAUAUCUAAGGCCGCAUGGGAGCGCCUGGCUGACCUCUUUCAAGGAUGGGCAGUGUACUCUCCUUCUGGCCAGGACUCGGAAGCGAGGUCGACUGCGUCUGGAAGGGGCCAUCACCAUGGUCAUCACGAGGAUCGGGACUCGGCGACAUCAUCAUCGUCGUCUGGACCAACGACCAGUGAGGCUUACUCGUUCAGUCAUUUACGCUUCAACAACGGGAAGAGCAGCUCUAUCGAGAAGCACCUGUCUUGUUGGACGCAGAACCCUACUAACACUGCUGAGCAUCGCCAUACUAGUGCUGGUGGGACUUGCUGUGGGGUCCAUGCUCCUGCAGCUGCAGAUGGGGUCAUCGUGGGUGGAGGAGGGGAAGAGGACGCAAGUGGGAGUAAGCGCUCCUGCCAGUUCAUCAACAUUCCUCCCAUACUCCAUCUGCAGUUCAUCAAUAAGAUCAAGGAGAGGUUGGACAUUUCGGAGCAGCUCGAUUUCACGCCCUAUAUGGACCCGGUAGUAGUGGAGGCUGCCAACCAGCGAUAUCAGCAGCUGGGCCGAACGGGCUCGCUCUUAACAUCGCCUGGUGGGGAGGAUGGGAAGGGGGGCAGCAGCGAGAACGAUGAUGUAUGUGAUCGGGAUAGCACUGGGAGCUCUGGGGGAGAUGACAGCCCAGAUGUCGCCUUGUCCUCGCGGCACAUUGUUGGCAGCCUCUCUCGUUGCAUUAUGCCUUAUAUGUGCGGCCUCAGGCACAUUCGUCCUAGCCUAUACGCUGAGGUGACAGCGGGUCUUCCUGCGAGGAAUGGUCCCCACAAGCCUAUCCAUCUGCAGUGUCACCAGCUGGUGGCACGGGAUCAUGCACUGCACCCUGCGGCUCACUCGCCGCUCAUCUACGAUCAGCUCGCCUUAGCACAGGGUAGAGCUGACCAAAACGGACAGUCCAAUCAGGAUAUGGAAGCUGUUGCCUUAGCAGCUGCAGCUUCGGCGUCCCCGCAAAUAGAGGUUACUCUAGUCACCGAGGGCCAGCUGACGAAUGUCGAUGGUUACUACCUUAACGGUAUGUUCCCGCAUAAGGGGAGGAAGUUCUUGGUGAGGAAGGACAUCCCUGUGGAGAGAUUGAUGAAAGCGGUGGAAGAGCACUUCAAGAUUCCAAAGCAUAUGCAGAGGCUCUUUGCCUUGCGUUACUAUUCUGAUACGCAUCAGGAGAGGUUUGAGCUGAUGACCCCGUCCAGGAUGAUCGCGUGGUAUAUGCCUUCGACGGUGCAGGCAGCGGCACAUCAAGCGGCAUUGGCAAGUCGACAACAACAGCAACAACAGCAUCAUCAUCAGGGAGCGGCAGCUAAGAAGCCGCCACAGCAGCAGCCCCAGGUGGCGGCAGCACCGGUACAGCAGAAGCAGGUGUCGACCAGACGCGAGAGGCUGGGGCAGCAGGCCAACUCUAACAUAAUAGGCCAUGUUGUGACGCUGCGGCUAAUAUCGAUAGGGUUGAUGACCCUGGAUACGCGCUGUCGGCUUCGGGAUUACUUCCCCGCGGUAAGGGCUAAGAUAAGCAGUCACACUCCAGAUGGAGCUACUAUAGCCGAGGCACCACCAGCAACAGCUGAGGAUGACUCGGAUGCUGUAGAGGUGUGGGAGGAAGUGAAUGUACGUGAGGCUGUGAAGCGAGAUGUGGAUCGUACAGUGAAGGAGGAGAAGAUCAUCGAUGGGGAUAUCCUCAUCUUCAUGUCGCCAGGCACUAUCCAGCAAGACAGUGUUCAUGCAGAGACUCCCGCUCCCCCACCUGAUGCUGCCUUGCCUGACGUCCUCCCCGCUGUGACUGCUGUGAAGAGAAAGUUGGCGGCCACCCUUGGUGCUGCUACUCCUGGGGAGCUGAGAGUAGCGGAGAGGUACAUUGCCGAGGCAGCGGCUAAGUUGGAUGAUGCUAUGGAGGGUCUGUGCAAUGAGCACCAGCGGCAGAUGGCUCCGACUAGGCCUCAGGCUAAGGCGCCGAGGAAGCAGAGUGUGGGCGAAAAGCCCCCAGUAGUGGAAGCAGCAGCAUCAUCUAAUGCAGACAAGGUUGGAUCGUUGGCCAGCUGUUGGGAAGGAGUGGCAUCUGUUUCUUCUCCUAAGGUUGACGCAGAGUCUUCCGCGGUGAAGGGGAAGGUUAUCGACUCUGGCUGGCAUGUUACUCACACUACCGGCAGUAGUGUUCUCACUGGAACCAUAGGCAGACAGCUGACCCCAGAGCAGCUAAUCGAUUCGGCAUCAGUGGAGACUAUCCAAGAGCACGUCCGUAGGGUGGUCCAAGGCCCUAGAUGCUUCAAGUGUGACAUGCCGCUUGGCACGGCUCUGCAUCCUGCUAGGGUUCGCUGCAGCGAGGGCUGUCACCCCGAACGCGCUUUUCACGACAUGUGCAUCCAAAACCUCGUCCGGGACCGUCACAGUGAGGACUGCGUAUACACCUCGGGGUGCUCAGGCAAGCUCAUCUGCACGCCUAGACACGUUAUCAGCGGCCUUAUCAAGAAGGAUGCGAGGCUCUCGAUGAACGUGCUCAAGCAGAAGUUCGCCACUGUGUUGCCGACGCCGCAGGUUAUGGCGGCCUCGAGUAGUGUCUCCAACGCGCCACCACUACCAUCACAGAUCGAGCAGGCUUGGACUGGUAGCCUUGCUGGUGCAUCUAGGAGGGGCGGUAGGAGGAAGGGUUCCAAGAAGAAGAGUAGUUCAUCUUCCCAUAACAACGAGGUUACUACAGCCAGUAUACCCAAGGACCAGUUAUGGUGGCACGCUUGUAUCCAGGCAUGGGGGUCGGUCGACGAGUUGAACAAGUGGAUGGCCGUCUAUUGUGCCUCCUCCGAGCCUGACACUAAGGCAUGGCAGCAGAACACUGUGAGCAGGGCCAAGUCGAUCUAUGCUCAGUGGUUGUUGGUCCUCGAGACCCGUAUAUCAGAGAGGGAUCGUAAGCGAGCAUUGGAGUUGGCGAAUACGGCCAAUGCGGGAGGUAAACACCAGACGGUGCAGCAGCCGCAGGCUCGGAAGCAGCAGACCAGGAAGAAGAAGAAGGCUCCUAGUGCGCCGACGGCCACUGAAGUGACGGACGAUAAUGAUGAUUCCUCUAUGGGCACCAGUGGGAAGGCCGAGGCCUCAUCUGUGACGGGGAGCGACUUGGACGAGAGCGGUGACGAAGAUGGCGAUCUUAAGCUUAUCGUGCAUAGCGGUAAGUAUAAGCAUUCUGCGACGGAGAGAGCGGCCUCGUCGCUCCAGCCGCCUCCCGUGGUAGAACCACCGGCAGCGGCCAUCAACCCAACAGAGGCAGUGCAGCGAUCGGCUGACAUGAUGUGGUGUUCGGUACAGAGUAAGAAGAAGCGCCAUCAGCAGUUACUGGCCGAGCAGAAGGCGAGAGAGGCAGAGCAGCAACAACAGCAACAACAGCAACAACAGAAGAAGAAAAAUGAGGCGACGGCGGCGGCCUCACAACAGAAGGUGUCGAAGGAAGAGCCACCCAAGCCGACACCGCAGGUGGCUACUCCCGUUGUCUCUACCCCAGGGCGGCGGUCUAAGAAGAUUCCACCACCGAUUGAGACCAAGUCCCCUUCGCCGCCUGCCCGUAGGGUAGCUGAUGAUUCCCCAGGGAAAAGGAAAGAUCAGAGCAAGUCUGAGAAGACGGCCAAGGUGGAUAACUUGAUACCGUCAUCGCGGUCGCCGGCAACGCCUAAAGCGAAGAGUCCGGCGACAUCUCCUCCUCCAGUGUCACCGCCUCCUCCUCCUCCUCCACCGCCUCCGCCGCCACCACAGGAACCACCUGUUGGGGAGACUACUCCACCCAGACAGGCCAACGACACGCCUGCGCCCCCGAAACUGGCCGGGCUGCCUCUCCCUGCAACUCCAGCGGUCAAGGCGCAUCAUCAUCAUGGUCCUGCAUCGGCUCCAGCAGUGAUUCGCCCGACGUCGGCAACCUCCGCUGACAUGACGUCCGAUACGUCACCGUCUCGCAGCGUUUGGGAGCCCAUACCCAACGCUGAGUGCCCCUCUUUCGCCCCCUUCCCAAAUCCGGAUGCAUCGGCCUGGCUCCGUGGCCCUGCUUCCACUAUACCGGAGCCUCUAUGGGGUCCACCCUCGAUAAGGGAAGAUCCCUGGAGAGGACCUCUCUUUGGUCAGCAGCAGCCGGGUUUUCGCAAUGUCCACCCCUUCAUGAACAAUGCUUUCCCGUCGGCAGCUCCCUUCCCUGCCUUCGGGUCUAUGGGGAUCAAUGGGCGCUCGAUGGCUGACGGCUAUGGUAUGUCCUUCAACGAGGCCAACAUUGGUGUUCCACCUGACUCCUCUUCGGCUGCCUCGACAACUACGAUGUUCCAAAUUCGAGUGAAAAAUUUGAUGCCCGAAAUACGACGCUUCGCUCUGCCGGCCGAUAAACUUUUCGUCUCGGGUGAUGAGGACACUGUUGGAGAAAGCGCCUGUGUUAUGGUGAGAUGUCCCCUUGAUGGCGACUGUGAAUGGCAGAGGCAAACGCUGGUCAAUCUAACUGAUGGUCGAGUCUCCGAGAUAUAUGUAACACCAGUGACCAGUGGCUCUGGUGGCGGCGGCCCCUCGAGUGUCACUGCCCUGCAAUGGUUCCUUCAACUGGGUUCGAAUAAGGAAGCCCAGCGCGUGAGGAGGUGGAUCGUCGCCUCCCAUGCGGCAUGGCAAGCGACUAUAGGCCAGAUGACUGAUUGUUCAGUAUACGGCUUCAACCCGAAUGCUUGCCCGAUCUCUGAUCCCGACUCGCCGACUAUGAGAUCCACCAACUACUGGGUCUUCGGUGAUGACCUUAACGAUGAUUUCACACCAUUCAGUGAAGAGCCGGAUGCUCUGUGAUCCACACCUAGGGCCAGAGGGAACAUAAUUACCCCGGCAAGGAUCGUCGUUUUCUGUCUAUCAUUCGCGGUCUCGGCGUGGGUCUCUUUUCCUCCUAUAAGGUUUCACCGACUGUGGACA